AGAGAGAGAGAGAGACUCGGGACUGAUCACACUGGGAUGUUGUUGCUGCUGCUGUCAGUGAUGUGAAGCGACAUUAAGGAGCUGAUGAAAGGACUCCUGCUUGCGCGUGGACACAUAUUUCUACAUUUUUGCAGUUACAUAUAUAGCAGCUCUGUGUGGUAGAAACCAGUUGAAGUUGGCUUCCUGCCUGUUGAGAUGUGCCAAUAGGAAACACUGUGAACAGGGGUUCAUGCUGAUGAAAUUGAUCUGCUCAGUGAGCUCCAACCAGAGCCAUGGGGAGUACCCAGACUGCCGGAGUGAGAGGGAGUCGGGAGGGGAGGCGUCUCUCCUGGUGUCUCCGCUGGUGGUGGCGGGGAUCGUUAUAGGUCUGGUUCUCUUCCUCUCCUGCAUCACCAUCAUCGUCGGCAGCCUGCGCAAAGACAGCCGACUCCGAAACCCACACCUCCGAGCUAGCUACGGUCUGGAUGGUUUCUCCUAUGGAGGUUCAGUAGGAGAACUGAGAUCUACCUGCUUAGAAGACUUUCCUCCUGGUUUAGACUUUGAUUCAUACAGAGAGACUCUGUCGCAGGUCAACACCCUGUACCCCGACUCACCUCCACGUUACGAUGAGUGUGUUGGCCCAGGAGCGACUCAGAUCUACAUCCCUACAGAUGACCCGCCUCCUUACUCCCUAUUGGACCCCUGUCAGAGAGGGGCGGAGCAGGAGGAGCAGCCCGACUACACCAGUGCGGAUCCCUCUCCGUACAGCGGAGAGCCCUCGGCCAGCGCCGCCUGGUUCUCCCCCUCCCACUACCCGCUGGGGCUCCAGGAGCACGAGCACCAACACAUCGCAUCCAUCUCCUUCCCGCUGGAGGCGGCGCCGCCUUACGAGUCGGUGUUGGCCGAGCAGCAGGGGCAGCCCCUCCCUCUCAUGCCAUGUGACCUCUAUAAACACCAAUCAGAGAGGGGGGAUGAUGGCAGCUCCCGGCAGCCGGGGGAGAACCAGAUCUUGUAGGACAAUUAAUUUGUUUCUUUCACCUGCGCUGUCGGGCGUCCCCGGCUGAAUUCAACUAACACUUGUGAUGUGGGGCACACAAUGGCUGUUAGGAGCAGCUGUGACACCAAACAGUGGACACUAAUGGGAUGCACACAUCCUCCCCACAGUUUCUAACACCUAAUAAGGCUGUUGAUGUCACAGUCACAGUGGACCGAAACAAAGCUGGGACUCCAGUUUUUUUUUUGUUUUUGGACAGAUUAAAAAUUCACUAAUUGCGCUGUACUGUAAAGUUUCUGGAAUAACAGCUUUUGUCGUCCCCGUGGUUCUCCCCAUCACCAUCGUCUGGUUCAGUUUUUGCCAUUACUUGACUGUUAAUCUCCUUUUCUAAUGUCAUGUUUGGAGUUUAGGUCACUGCGAAAUACUAACAUCUAUUCAUCAAACUGUAGAUGAAGGCGAGCGGAUUUCUUUAGAAGAAAGAGUGAGUGUAAACAUUAUCAAUGUGGUAUUUAAUAGAGUAGUUAAGGUAUACACAAGCACACAUAGUACUCCCUCCUCCCAGUUGUUUCGGUGCGACCCCACCUGUCAGUCUAUAUAAAUGAUGUUCUGGAUGAAAGUAAAAUUACCACUUGUGUUGUGCACAACAUUCUCAGAGCAGUUUCACGUCUCUGUAGACUUUUAGAGCAGUGUGCUGUUCAGUGUGGUGGUAGUAUCCUAGUGGUUGGAAGAAAUAAUGAAAUUAUUGCAACCUUAAAAUCCAAAUUAAUUAGGAAACAACCUGGACAGGAAGCGAGAUAUCAACACUGUCCUAUUUCCAGUUAUUAGUAACUAUGAUGCUGUGAUGGAAGCCAUUGUUAAAUAUUUGCAGCAAACAUCUGUCAUCACCAGAGAGGGAACGUGUUGUACAAAAUGGCAUAACUCUUUCUAUCAAGGGCUCUGGUUUUAAUAUAACUAUUAGUGUGAUAUUCUGUAUCUGGACCCCAGCAGCAAAAUGUAGCUCGGAGCCCUCCUCCUGACGAGGUCAGGCUGAUGCAACAGAGAAGUGACACAUUAAACUGUAGACCUUAAAGCACUGUUUACUGGAGAUGCUUCUGCCUUUGUCUUCUUCUCUCUGU